AUGCCCAAGAAAAAGCUCGUGCAAGCCAUCGAGGCAGCCCAUUACGUUGUUGAGAACGAGACCGACAUAGCGGUUGGCCAAAUUGAGCUGCUGGAAAGACUCACACACAAUGCUAUCGGCCAAUGUUCGGACUUUGCUGAGGAUAUACGCCCGGCGGUAGCUGUGGUAGGCGGCUAUGCAGCUGCCAAAGAGCAGAUGAUUGAGGCAGAAACGCAUCUAGACACACUUGAAUCAACAAUUGCAUCUCUCGAACACCUUGUGGAAGAACUGGACCAGUGGUCCACGGAACUGCAAGUCAAAAUAGAUAGACUACAGGAUAGCACCCGACACCGACCUAUUUAA